ACUUUUCUCGCUUGCUAGUCAUUGGCCAUGUCGUCUUCUGGCGAGAGCCCACGGGACGAGUUCAAACGCUCCGACUUUGAGCCGGACGACAAGGAAUACAAGACAGUAGCUGCCCUUGCCAUAAGCGUGAUUGCGCUCGUGUUGGCGUUUGUGGGCCUGCUCAUGUUGCCGGACCUUGGGCGGUUGCGCAUUGUGGGCGGACUGUCUGUGUCGAUUCUGGUGGUGGACGUUGUGGUGUACGUGGUGGCGCUGGGCACCUCGAUGCUGACGUACUACUACUCGAACUUUGGAUCGUGGGAGAAGCGGUACUCGGGACUCAAGGUGGCCAAGCAUGCGAGCCUUUGCUCUGCGGUCCUUGUCUCGCUGUUCUCGAUCUGGCGGCUGCUGACGGUCUUUAUCCACUGCCAGCGAGCAACGGACGAGCAGCAUGCAAGCAACGACGCGGCGUGCUGGGAAAACUUUGACACGAUUGUCUCGUCGAUCGCCUUCCAGUUUAUUGGCGUCUUUGUGCUCAUCCUGUGUCAGUUCGCCAUGGCAUACCACGCGCACCGGCGGCGCCUCGACAUCCACGAUGCCUUUGCGGGCGUCUACGCCCGUGAGCAUGGGCUCGAGCCCGUCGGCCCGAACUGAGUUGGAGAGGCAAGGCGGCUGCGCGUCCUGAACCUGUAAACACAUGGUGCGCUGCGUGGA